AUGGGACGUAAAACCUAUACGAAGCUGACCAAGAAGGCUCCUAAAAUUAGUAUUCACACUACCAAUGCCAAGACUCAGACUCAGACUCAGAAAAAAGAGACAAACGUGUUAAAUGACGAUGGUCUUAAUUGUAUAAGAAAGCAAUUGGCUGAUAUUGGCUGCAAAUUACAUGAGGUCGAGGGCGAUGGUAAUUGUCUCUUUCGAGCACUAAGUGAUCAGCUUUUUGGAGACCAACAGCAACAUAAACAAGUUCGCAAUAAAAUUAUAGAUUACUUGGAGAAGCAUCGGAAUGACUUUGAGCCGUUCAUGGAGGACGAGGAAAAGUUUGAGAAGUACUGUGACAGGAUGCGAGGUGAUGGCACGUGGGGUGGCAACCAGGAGCUGUACGCUGCUUCUCGGCUUUUUCAGAUGUACGUGGUUGUCCACCAGAACCAAUUAAAUGCUCGAAUAAUGGUCAUUGAGUGCGACCAACUUAAGCCUACGCGGUUUGUACACGUCGCCUACCACGGCGAAGACCACUAUGACAGUGUACGAGCACUAAAAGACCCCAUCGAUCUGAACAGUCUGCCGCUUUCAAUUGAGCUUGACUGCAACGGCUUUCGCUACGCAGACUUUGCCAAGCGAUGGCACACGCACGCUACUCCUGUAGCAAGUGACAAAGAACGUGUCGUUUCAACGUCGUCUACCGAUCCAGCAGACGGCGAGGUUGAUCAACUGGAAAGUGCUUUCAGUACACAGAUACAGAUCGCAGCUGGAACGGAAAUCAAGAUACUGAGUAAGAAAAAACAGCGUCAGAUGCGCAAGGUCAUAAAAAGAUGCAAGGAUCUCCGUUUGGAACCUGCAUUUGACCGUGAAAUAAUGGACGAUAUGGACAAGGUUGGAAGGAGAUGA